CUGGUCAAGAAAUUAAUAAUGAUAAUCUCUUUUUUUUUUGUUGGGUUUCACUUUAAACCUGCUCAGUUAAAUAAGUUUCUACGUCCAGUUAUAUAUCCCAUUGACUAGGGUGAAAGUGAAUGUUCAUGCGGUCAUAUCUUUAAUACUACCAGAUUACCAGUAUACCAUUUCUUCCAUUGAGACUCGGACAUACCUAAAACUCUGUCUUUACUGGUAAAUUUGAAUGGCCCUCAAACAUAAUUUGGCACAGUUUCUUUGUCCAGGUCAUUUCUUGCCUUAUAUAAUAGCCAGAAACACCAUCACAAAUUUGGUUCAUAUCUCUAAUACAGAGAGUUGUCCUGUAAAUUUUGAUCUGUUUACCCGUCGGUCGUCUUUAACACCUACGUUGUUAUAUUAUUACACGCCCCGAAUAAAACUUCCCACUAAUCCCGAUUCAAGCCGAGUAGAUUCCGUUCAAUGGCAUCAAAGCUGGUACUAUUGUUUCUCGGGUUCUACUUGCUUAAUCUCUCUGUAUGGCGUGUGGAAGCACAAUCAGUUGGGGUGUGCUACGGAUUACUAGGCAACAAUCUGCCUUCAGAACAAGAAGUUGUAAAUCUUUACAACAAAAACAACAUCAGAAAAAUGAGGAUUUACGCUCCAACACCACCAGUCCUCAAUGCUCUGAGAGGAAGCAACAUUGAACUUAUUGUGGAUGUAUCCAACGAAGACAUUGAACCAUUAGCAACAGAUCCUUCAGCAGCCGCCAUUUGGGUUGAGACCAACGUACGAGAUUACUCACCAGAUGUCAAUUUCAAGUACAUUGCUGUCGGAAAUGAAGUUCUCCCUGAAUUCUCAAAUUCCAAAUUCAUUUACCCUGCCAUGGAAAACUUGCAAACUGCCAUUUCAUCCGCAGGGCUUUCAGACAGAAUCAAAAUCUCAACUGCAACUUUCUCAGCUUUAUUAGGAGUUUCUUAUCCGCCCUCAAAAGGAUCUUUCCGGGACGACGCGAAAACAUUCAUGAAGCCCAUAAUUGAUUUCCUAGUCCGCAACAAUUCACCAUUGCUGGUAAACAUUUACCCGUAUUUCGCUCACAUUGGUGAUCAAGUCAACGUUCCACUUGAUUAUGCGUUGUUCAAAUCACCAGGAAUUGUGGUUCAAGAUGGAAAAUCGGGUUAUCAGAACCUGUUUGAUGCAAUGCUGGAUGCCCAUUACUCUGCUUUGGAGAAAGAAGGUGGCGGUAGUUUAAGGAUUGUGGUGUCGGAAACCGGCUGGCCGUCGAACGGAAAUCCACCGGCAGCUUCUUUGGAGAAUGCGGGGACGUAUAUUAGCAAUCUGAUUCGUCACGUUAAAUCUGGAGACGGGACUCCAAAGAGGCCUGGAAUUGCGAUGGAGACUUAUCUGUUUGCCAUAUUUGAUGAAAAUCAAAAGCCUGGAGCAGAGACUGAGAAAUAUUUUGGUCUGUUCAGGCCGAGUGAAGAACCCAAGUAUUCAAUCAAGUUCAGCUAACUUAGAGCUAGAUUCAAUUGUAUACUGUCCCACGGGGACAUCCAAAAAUUCAGUUGGAUACUGUGAAGUGUGAAGUUCUCCAAGAGAUGGGG